AUGCGAGAGUACAGCUCGUGGAAGUCGGAGAGGCGCGGGUUGAGCGUCGGUGACACCUUGCCGCGCUGCAAGGCGUCGACAGGGGCAGUGCAGGAAGACUGUAACGAGGAGGACCACAACCACCACCACCAUCACCACAACCACCACCACCCUCACCUGCCGCACCUGGCGCGGAACGGGGCCGCGCCCCGCAGCGCGCCCCCCGCCCCGCCGCCCCGCCGCCGCCGCCGCCGCUCCGCGCAGCACGCGGCGCAGCGCCGCCUUGGCGCAGCCUCAGCCGCAGCCCCCGCCGGCGUCGCCGCCCGCCCCGGCGCUGCAGGCGUCGCCCCCCCGCCCCCGCCCCCGCCCCGGCCAGCAGCAGCGCGCGGCCGCGACGGCGUCGGCCGUGGGCCCCGCCGCGCCGCGGCGCCUGCGGGCGCAGCAGCAGGCCGGCAGCGCUCCCGCACGGCGGCCACCGCCGCCUCCAAACGGGUACGCGCGCCACGGCGCGCGGCGGCGGGCGCGGGGGCGGGCGAGGGCGACGCGGCGUCCGCCCCCACGCCCGCCGCGCACGACGGCCCCAGGGACUUCCUCAAGCGCCCGUGA